AUGCCCGUUUUCGCCCACAUCACUGAGCAUUUGUCUCAGAAGAACCAAGGACUUCUCAGCUCUAAAUUAGUGGAACGGUACAUUGGAAACCUCCUAGCUGAAGAGAAUCUCAAUGCAGCAGUCUCGUUGAUUCAUAUUCUCCUUCAUGCUGACAGCACAUCCUAUUGCAUAUCUAACCAAACAUGGUCUGCUCUUGCCUCAAAAGCUUGCGAGCUAGGCCAUUAUUCAGCUGCAUGUUUGGUUUAUCAUGAAGUUAUUGACCCCAUCGCUGCUUAUGAUGAUCCAAAUUUCAAAGGGACAAAUAACCCGCUCAUACCAUUUCUUCUAUUUCCUGACAUUUUGGCACAACUUUCUAUCGUGCUAAUGCAUAAUGGAAACAAUGUGGCUGUCUGUGGAAUUCAAAGCUACUUCAAAAGGUACUAUUCUUACUUCUGGCAUCGCACAAUUUACAGAUCUAUCGCCUUAGCUAAGGUGGAAGCUCACGCUUGUGCCGGUGAAACGUCCCUAGCGAUAGCUGAAUUUGUUAAGUUGGCCUGGCAACACAGAGGGUAUAGUCCUUUACAAAAAGGCAGUACUGUCGAGCAUAAUUUGAAAUACGCUGUGGAGCAUAAUCUGAAAGAGCGGCAGAAGCGGAUAUUAGCAAGUGAUGACCCUAUCAACGAUCCUUCUAUUGUGUACAACAAGUAUAGUCUACCUGGAAAAAGAUACAACGCAAUCUUUGAUGGUGUUAUUGAACUUGCCGACACACCUUAUGUCAAUGCUUUGAUUCUGCGAAACAUGUCACUGAUAAUGGCCGAUCGUAGCUCGGCAAUCGAAAGACUUGUUAACUUCAUCACAUCAAACCACCAUGCAUUACUCACUCCAGUGAUUGCCUCUCUUUGCAACGAUGGCCAUCUUUUUGAGGCUUGGGCUGUUCUCAGGAGAACAAAAGCUUCCUAUCCUCGAUUACAUGCCAAAGUUUUAUUCAGAGGAGCUUUGCUAGCGUGUCCCACGACUUUGAGACAAGAGGUUCGUCUAUUUUUAUUCGAAUGGGCGGCAGAUAGCAAAGCAUUUGAAAAGAAGCCAUUCCAAUUUUCAUUACAUCAAAGUGACUACAACAAGCUUGUCGAGCUUAACGUUGGAGACAGUCUUUUGUCAAGAGCAUCUCCAACCAUGCAUAUAUCCUUGUAA